CUUGAGUAUAUAUUUGGCGUAAUUUCCUCCAAUCUUCCUUUUUGACGCCACGUGGUACAGAUUUCACGUUGGUUCGUGCACUCAUAACACAGGGAAAGUGGUCAAGAUGUCUGGAAAUCUAGAUGUCCUUCAAAUGAAGGAGGAGGAUGUGCUGAAGUUCCUGGCUGCAUGAACCCAUCUGGGAGGAACCAACAUGGACUUCCAAAUGGAGCACUACACAUACAAGAGGAAGAGUGAUGGUGUGUACAUUAUCAACCUGAGGAAGACCUGGGAGAAGCUACUGCUGGCAGCCCGUGCCAUUGUUGCCAUUGAGAACCCAGCUGACGUCUGUGUCAUCUCCUCCAGGAACACUGGACAGAGAGCUGUGCUGAAGUUUGCCUCAGCCACUGGCGCCACCACCUUCCACGGUCGUUUCACCCCCGGAACCUUCACCAAUCAGAUCCAGGCUGCCUUCAGGGAGCCCCGCCUCCUAAUCGUGACGGACCCCCGUGCCGACCACCAGCCCCUGACUGAAGCAUCUUAUGUCAACAUCCCCACCAUCGCCCUGUGCAACACUGACUCCCCACUCAGAUAUGUCGACAUCGCCAUCCCCUGCAACAACAAGGGUCACCACUCUGUGGGUCUGAUGUGGUGGAUGCUGUCCAGGGAGGUGCUGAGGAUGAGGGGCACCAUCUCCAGGGAGCACCCCUGGGAGGUCAUGCCUGAUCUCUACUUCUACAGGGACCCAGAGGAGAUUGAGAAGGAGGAACAGGCUGCAGCUGAGAAGGCUGUUGGAAAGGAGGAGUUCCAGGGAGAGUGGACUGCUCCAGCAGCUGAGUUCACCCAGCCUGAGGGAGUGGCUGUGCCCUCUGUCCCCAUCCAGCAGUUCUCUGCAGCUGCUGCGUCUGCCAAGCCAUCUGCUGCAGCCGUUGAGGGGUUCACUGAGGACUGGAGUGCCCAGCCAGCCACUGAGGAUUGGUCAGCUGCCCCCACUGCCCAGGCCUCUGAAUGGGGUGGGGAGACUGCUGCUUGGUCCUAAGCAAUGGUGGCCUAAUGUUUGGCAGUACAAUAAAUUGCUUUUUUGUUGUUGUACAAACUGACCCCUGACUGAAUUUAUGAACACAAGUGUAGGCAAGUGACCUUAACGGCAAUACUACAUUAUAUAUAGUAUAUUAACACAACUGAUUGUUAUGCUUACAUUUCACAUUGAAAGAAUUCUUUAACAUUUAAUUAGACUGCCAUAUGUUGAACUCUCUUAUUGCUGUCAAAAGGGGAACGUCUCUAUAAUUGCACUGUUGUGUGAUUCUGCAACUUAGGGCACUUUGGCCCUGCAAGCUUUCUGAAAUUAAAACACAAUUUUACCAGUAUUAUUCUUUGAUUUGUCUAGAAAUAAUGUCUGAUUGUACUAUUCAGGAAUGAAACGGCUGUGAUUGUACUAUUCAUUUAUAUAUUUGUCAUUUCUCAGACUGCCAUAGAUAAGUUAUUUCCAUUGUCAUUAAAGAUCCAUUUUAGUUAAAUUAAAGAUACAAUUUAUAACACA